AUGAGGGUUUAUUUCCAAGCANCCAUUUUGGCACUCCCAUUGUUCUUGUCUCUUUUUACUGGGAAAUCUAAGCCAUGGGGUGUUGAAUCCGCCAAAAUUGCUUAUGCGAAAUUGGGCGAUGAUGCUAAUACUCAGCUACUUGAUAUUAGAGCGCCGGUUGAACUUAGGAAAGUGGGUAGCCCUGAUAUUCAAAAGUUGGGCAAAAAGCCUGUGUCCAUUCCUUACAAAGGUGAAGAUAAGCCUGGUUUCUUGAAGAAGCUUGCUUUGAAGUUCAAGGAACCACAAAACACCACAUUGUUCAUCUUAGACAAAUAUGAUGGGAACUCAGAACUUGUUGCAGAGUUGGUCACUGUCAAUGGAUUCAAAGCUGCUUUCGCCAUUAAAGACGGUGUCGAAGGACCUCGAGGAUGGACGAAUAGUGGUCUUCCUUGGUUAACACCAAAGUCACCUUUGAGUAUUGGCAGUCUAACAGAUGCCAUUGCUGGUGCACUUGGAGAGGAUUCUGAAGAUUUUCCUGCUGUUGCUGCUGCUUUUGCUGUAGCAGCUACUGCAAUUGGUUUAGUGGCUUUUACUGAGAUGGAAACGGUUCUUGAGAUUCUGGGUUCAGCUGCAAUUAUUCAGUUUGUGAGCAAGAAACUCCUAUACGCUGAGGAUCGGAAGAAAACAAUACAAGAACUUGAUGAGCUCUUAAACACCAAGGUUGCCCCACAAGGACUGGUUGACGACUUGAAGGAUAUUGGAAAGGCUCUAUUACCAUUACCUGCUACGAGCAAGGCACUUCCUGCACCAGCAGACUCAGCUGAAGCUGCCCCUCUACACAAAGCAGAAGCUGUUGCAGAGGCUGCUCCUGAGAUAAGUCCGGUGGAGGCGAAACAAGAAGUAAAAGCAGAAUCAUCGCCCGCAAUCUCGAGGCCGCUUUCUCCAUAUCCUUCUUAUCCAGAUUUCAAGCCUCCGACGUCUCCUACGCCAUCGCCGCCAUGAUAACCGAGUUUAUAUCAGGGAGAUAUGGUGACCCAAAAGUACGCUGCUUUGCUUUGCUUUGUUUUUGUUAUUGGAAGUCAAUGAAAUUGUAGUUAUUUAGUGAGUCUCAACAUUGACCUCAAAACUUUUGUAACGAAAAAGGUUGGGUUAGUACCAAAUUCAAGUUUAGUUUACUUCAAAACCAUAAUGAUAGAUAGAUUGAUGGCAAGUAGAGCUUCAACUUUGAUC